AUUGUUUUUAUUGCAUUGAAGACAAAAGUUAGAGAACAACGUAGAUUGUGAAAUAUUUUCUUAAAAAUAUUUUAAAAAAUACUAAAUAAUUUAAUUUUUAGUUCAUAAAUAACUAAAUUUGCAUAAAAUAAUAUGGGAGCAGUUUUAGGACUGUGUUCCGCAGCUCAGUGUGCCCUUUGCUGCACUGGCACUGCUGCCAGUAUGUGCUGCAGCGCCUGCCCUUCAUGUAAAAAUUCCACUUCUUCACGUUUCAUGUAUGCCUUUAUGCUAUUAGUGGGUACCAUAUUGGGUGCGAUUGCUCUUUCUCCCGGGCUGCAGGGUACUCUAAAGAAAUUACCUUUUUGUAUAAAUUCCACUUCCACGGUUAGUUCUAAAGCUCUGGAUACAUUUUCUGGUGGUUCUCUACAAGUCGACUGUGAUUAUGCUCUGGGUUAUAUGGCUGUCUAUCGUAUAUGUUUUGGUCUUGCCUGUUUCUUUACCCUAAUGGCUUUAAUAAUGCUGGGGGUGAAGUCAUCACGAGAUCCGCGAUCUCAUAUACAAAAUGAAUUUUGGCCUUUGAAAUUUUUGAUUUGUUUUGGUGCAGCUAUUGGGGCCAUUUUCAUUCCGGAUGGAUCGUUUGGUCCGGCGAUGAUGUGGGUUGGUUUGAUUGGUGGCCUGGCUUUUAUUUUGGUACAAUUGAUAAUCAUAGUGGAUUUUGCCCAUACAAUAGCAGAAAAUUGGAUUGAAAAUGCUGAAAAUAAUCGUGGCUAUUACUAUGCUUUGGUAUUUGUAACAUUGCUAAGUUACGGUCUAUCCAUUGCUGGCAUCUCGCUGCUCUAUGUAUACUUUACACAGAGCUCCGAGUGUGGCCUUAACAAAUUUUUCAUCUCCAUUAACUUAAUUCUUUGCCUAUUGGUCAGUAUUGUCUCCGUUUUGCCAGCAGUCCAAGAACGUUUACCCCAAUCAGGUCUGCUGCAAAGCUCUUUGGUUACUUUGUAUACGAUUUAUUUGACUUGGUCGGCAGUAGCUAAUAAUCCUGAAAAAGUUUGCAAUCCCGGCAUGUUUGGUAUUAUUGAGGGCAAUACUAGUGUCACAACCAUAGCUCCUCCAACACCCAAUUCGAAAGUUACCUUUGAUACUACCAAUAUUAUUGGCUUAGUUGUAUGGAUGUUGUGCAUUUUGUACAAUUGCAUUAGCUCGGCUGUUGAGGUUUCCAAAAUUAAUAAUACGGAUGAAAAACGUGUUUUAACAGAAGUUUUAUCAGAUGCAGAAGCAGGUUCAGGCGAUACCAGAAACAAGGGUGAUAAUGAAACCGAAGGUGUUACCUAUUCCUGGUCCACAUUCCAUAUAGUAUUUGUGUGUGCUUCGCUUUAUGUAAUGAUGACACUAACUAAUUGGUACAAACCCAAUUCCGAUAUUGAGCUCUUUAAUGCCAAUGCCGCUUCUAUGUGGAUUAAAAUCAUAUCUAGCUGGUUGGGUAUAUUAAUUUAUGGUUGGAGUUUGGUAGCUCCUGCCAUAUUAACCAAUCGUGAGUUUAGUUAAACUACUCAGUUAAACGUAUGUUCUUUAAUCAUAUACAACAAAACUAAACUCUGCUGAGUAUUAAAUAUUAAAGUCUUUUAGGGCUUCUAGUAGUUUAGCAAGAAAAAUUGAAAUUAUUCAACAAAAAUACUUGAUAAAUAUCUUAACAAUAAUAUCUGAUUUAUAAAAUUAAACAAAAAACAUUGGAUAACAAAUUAAAACAUAAUUUAUUCAUAAUCUCUA